AUGGAGGGAACCGACGAGGAUGGCGAGGGAGAGCUACUGUCCACCUCAUCUGCGCCUUCCCAGACCAUCUUCUCCCGCCCUCAUCGUAACGAAAACUAUGCCAGCACCAAAGUCGGUGUAUCAGAAGAAACCAUACGACGAAUCCUCAAACCCGGCCUGUAUGUGCCGACCGUGACAUUCUUCAAAGAUACCGAAGAACUGGACGACUCAACCAUCACGCAGCAUGCAGUGCGAAUGGCCAAAGCUGGCGUCGUAGGCAUCAUCACCCAGGGCACGUACGGCGAAGCAGUCCAUCUCUCGCGUGCAGAACGUUCGAAAGUGACUCGUCUCACUCGCCAUGCCAUCGGAGCAGCAGGAUACGUUCAGCUCCCGAUAAUCGUGGGUUGUGGUGCUCAAUCAACCAGCGAGACGAUCGAGCUUUGCCACGACGCGAAAUCAUCCGGAGGGGACUAUGCACUCAUUCUUCCCCCGUCUACGUACAAAGGGCAGUACACGCCGGAGUCUAUCGCAGGAUUCUUCACCGACGUCGCCAGCGCCUCUCCCAUCCCGAUCCUCAUCUACAACUACCCCGACGUAACGGGCAUAGACCUCGACGCGGAGGCCAUCAUCCGCCUAUCCAAACACCCCAACAUCACCGGCUGCAAACUCACCUGCAACGACAUGGAGAAACUCGCCCGCAUCGCAGCGGAAGUCCACCCCGCCGUUCCAUCCGACCGUGGCUUGGAGUUCUUAUGCCUCGCUGGCUCCGCAGACGCCACUGUACAAGCGCUGGAACGGGGCGGAUCGGGUGUGAUUGCCGGGCUGGCGAAUGUGGCGCCAAAGACGUGUGUGAAGCUGGUGGAGUUGUUUCAUCUCGGGAAGGUUGAUGAGGCGAAGGAGUCGCAGGGUGUUGUUUCAACGGCGGAUCAUGCUGCUGUUACCAAGGGAGUUGUGGGGAUUAAGGCUGCGUUGCAGGUGUAUUUUCAGUAUGGGGGGUUUGCGAGAAGGCCGUUGCCCAGGCCGGAUAAGGAGGGGAUGGAGAGGUAUUCAGAGGGGUUUGGUGAGGUUAUUCACGUUGAGAAGUCAAUGGGAGGAUAG